AUGGCAGAAGUAUCCAGCCAAGUCUGUACACCCAGACAAGCCUCGGGGGCCGAUUCGCGGGACUUCCGAUCGCGCGAAGACAAUGUGGAUCCCGAGGCCCACGAGCUACAGGAGAUCCAAACUCGCGAAGACUACGAACUUGAAAAUUUAACACCAUCUGCUUCAUCCGGCGAUGAGUAUCAUAUUGUAACGCGUCGUACUACAUCGCAGGCUCUAGCAGCACAGGCUGAGGCGCGGCGGCGUCGGAGAGCGAGACAGGGGGUUUGGGGGAAGUUUACUCGGUUUUGGACGCACAAUGUUACUCUGACUGUGCCGUUGAAGAGUAAUCGGGAUUAUCUUGCUUUGGAGAGAACAUUCCUUGCUUAUAUUCGGACUUCGGUUGUUGUUACGCAGCAAGGCGUGUUGAUCGCGCAGCUGUUUCGUCUGCAGGGACUCAAAUCCUGGACGGACCAUCUUGGGUUUCAGCGGGUUGGUAUGCCGCUUUCGAUUUCUUGUUAUUGUGUGGGUAUUUUCGUGGCUUUUAUUGGGGCGUAUCGGUUCUGGAAACAGCAGCAUGCGAUUGCUAGGGGUAAGAUCUAUGCUGGAGGAGUGGAGCUGCAAUCUGUAGGAAUACUGCUGGGCUGUAUAACCUUAGUAUUGUUUGUUGUUUCCAUCGCUAUCGCAGUUGAGCGUCGCCCAAAUUCGUCUGUACUUGUUGAGUGA